AAAUUUCCACGCUGCUAUUACUGUAUUCUGGUUGGCGGUUUACAGUGGAUGGUAUUUUGAAGCUGGUCCAUCCUCUCCUGCAGCUGACCUCGAGAAAGAAGCAGAAGAGCGCACAAAGAUGUUUUUGAGCGCCCUUGACGAUGGAGGUCUUGAUUUUAUUCUCGCUAUUUGCUCGGGGGUCAAUAACGAAGAGUGGCGCGAUCCAGCCCGUAGUGAAUUGGUGGCACUAUUGCUGAAAGAGAGCGCCACACUGACCAUAGAACCAGGCGCUUGCUCUCUACACAUGAAGAGAUUGUUGAUGGAGAGUUUUGAAUCAUUCACAGAAUCAUGCGUCGCAAAUAUGCCUGAUGCGGUUCGGAUGCUCAAGUCCGAAGAGGAUUUGCAAAGGCUGGACCAUCUCACUGCUCUGAGAGAUGGCUUGACUUCCAACCUACACCGCGGUUUGGUGGAAGCUCGGACUCAUCUCGAGUCCUUUUUGAUAAUCAUAGCUUUCGCUUUUGAAGGUCGACAAGAUGCCGCGCAAGAAUUUUGGGCAGACCAUGAUAGCAAUCUUUACGGCUUCCUGCAGUGGGCUUCGAAAAGACAAACCGUCCCAAGGGUCAGCGCCUUCUGCGAGGUACUAUGCUCCAUAUCCGAAGGAGAAGAAAACGCAAACUCAGCACACAGGUUCUUGUCAGAAGAGGAUAAGUUUAUAUCUUCAAGGUUUAGACGGUCAACUUCGAUGAACUGGACCCAAAUGUUCGCCGAACUUAAGCUGUAUGCGCUCAAAGUGACUGAAAAACCAGUCAUAUCACAAGGGGUCUUGCAUGUCAGGAAAUCAGAGCCAUCUGAAAUGAUCGAACCAGAGAGCCCAGUGAUGUUGUCGUGUUACCUACGAUUGAUGGGACAUUUGUGCGGGCAGAGCGUGGCUGUACGAAAUUGGAUGUUACACCAUCCGACUUUUAACCUCGUGGGCACCUUACUGACAUUAUGCAGUGGCCUAAUCCCAACCCAUUUAAGGGCCACAGCAUUCACCUGUCUCACUGCCUUGAUGCAGGAAAGAACUUCUCAACAUGGCCACGAAAUGUGGUUGUCUAUUGACCAAUGGAUUUCUGGUGGUGCAAUGAGUGCUGCAGGCCUUACGAAGGUGCCCAUAGUUUCUAAUCCUCCUGUGUGGCAUGAGCAACAGGCACUCCAGAAAAUUGGUGAGAGCUUUGACCAGACAAAUGCGUUUGUUGAUUUGAUACACACCCUCGUCUCCCCGGCAAUUGAUUCCGUUAGCCCUUCGCUGCCAUUUCCAGAGUCACUGGGAGCCUCUUAUCGGAAUCCUGGAAUUGAUCCUUAUAUCGACUUUGUUCUUGGUCAGGGCUUGUGUCGGAAAUCUUUAGACUUGAGCGAACACCAGGCUCGCUUGUUAACCUACAACUGUUUGAGCUUUGUCGUCACCUGUUUACGGUCGUUUAACGAAAACUUUGUGACUGUCUUCAGCCAACCCAGUGGGCCUUCUUCUAAAUCCACUUUCAAACCUGCAGGGCUCCCCGUAUAUGUCCGCCUUCACCCAUUCGCGCGCGUAGCGGAGUGGCUAUUCAACGAGGAAGUAAUAAAAGCAAUUUUUGCAGCUGCUCACCAGGAAGUAUCUGAGGUUGCAAGAGCUUCCGCGGACUCUAUCUUGGUUCUUUCCCUGCUCAGGAGUAUUCAGGUUAUAGACUUGUUUAUGGACCUUCAAUCAACAUAUUCCAAUAUUGUUCGGCCCCUGAUCAAGUCUUCUGCCUCUAGCGGGAGAAACAACGUUGCAAAUUCAGCGCUUGCUUUCUUUGAAGACAGCAUCCUGACAAACUUGGACAUCGUGCCGCGCUUGUGUCUUUAUUGUGGGACAGGACAUGAGCAGCUAACGUUGGCGUCUGUGACGCUAUUAGAGAAGCUGUCUAGUUCCAGGAGACUCAAUAGGAUGACACCGCUAGACUUGUCAAAAUGGCAAUCUUCGAACAAGAUAGUGGAGGUGUUGAGCACGGAAGUCGAAGUGGAUCGGGUGUCCCGUCCUCUCAUUUCUCAGAUGCAACCCGAUCUGAGGGAGUUGGAACUAGGCUCAGAAUCUGCAGGAUACGUUAUUCGACAAAGCAUUCUCGAACUUCUGAAUAGUUGCCUUAGCACAAUCAGAGAUCGACCUAACGUGGCCCACCUCCUCCUCGGAUUUACAUACGUGGGCAAUACACUCGAUGUGUCCCAGGACGGUUUGUUCGCAAAUCGAAUGUCCUUGCUGCAUGCUAUUAUCGAAUUCUUACAAAACUAUCCUGAUCAGAUGGAAGAUAAUAUUUUGCUGUUGAUGGUACGUCUAAAACGAAUGGCUCUUGAAGUAUUGAGGCAUUUGUGGUCAUCGAAGCUCUCUUCCUACUUUGCUCUCUCCGAAAUGCGCGCCAAUCGCUUUCUUUUCACUUCUAUUUCGAGUCAACCCAUUGUUGGACCGAACAGUCUCUGGGAUGGAUUUUCGAUAAUGGAUGAGCAGUUCUGGGUUUCACCAUCAGCCGCCGGGUUAGCAGAAUUCUUACUCUAUAGAAGUCACUUGUACGAUUACGCUGCGACUGAGAUUCGCGCGGCUGCCAAGCUUGGCUCGCCGACACUUCAGUCCCAGAUUCUAUCUACGCUAUUUGGGAGUACAGCACUGGAGACGGGAGAGACCAUCCUGAACCCAACUAUCUUUGAUCUCUUCGACUUCGCAGAUCUAGAUGUGCGACGGCAGUUUUCUAUGCCAGAGCUCACCUUCCUCAAUAACCUCGAAAUAGACUUAUGCGCAAGACCGCAGGCAGACGGUUCACUGAUCCUUUACAAUAUUAACGAGGCCGAGGGACUUAUAGAAGUGAGGAAAGGAGGUCUGCAGGGGGCAGGCCAACUGCGACCUCAAGAUGAGGAAUCAUUUGAAGCCGAAUCUAUAAAACUGAAGGCGUUCCUCGUCGCAGUCAAUAACAGCCGGACAGUCAAUCUCAAUCGCUUUUUGGCUCUUCGGUCCUGGGCGGAACUUAUUACCACUGUGGUGACCUGUUCGGAUCUUGAUGGCGGGCGCAGAUCAACCUUCAUACUACAUUCAAUCCAGCUGAUUCUCCCUAAGCUUGAAGUUGCGAUCGCGGAAGAUUCGUUAGAGGCCAUCGAACUAGCGCGACUAGCGGAGACUUUGGUCAACAAACUGGGGCCGACAUCCAAAGCGCCUUCUAGCCAAAGCGGAGAUGUGAUAUAUGAGAAACUCUACCAGCUUUUCCAAAUUUGCAUUCGUGGCGUCGUUGUGGCAACCGCAAAUACGGGAUUACGAGAGACUCUCUACAAUAUAUGCUCAUAUUAUGUUGCUCGCAUCACUUCUUCCCCCGACGCUCACGAAAGCACGAGGCUCCAUAGCCAACAGGUCAUCAAGACAGGCGGUCCUCCACUCAUUGAGGCCAUAUGUGACGAUGCAUAUACUGGACAGGAGACAUGCCGAGUAUCUGCACUUCUCUUGCUCAACCUCCUAGCCGUGCUGGAUCGUCAUGAUGAGUCCAUAUUGGCAGAGUUAAUAUCGCAGUCCAAUUAUCUAAAUCUGUUCUUGGAGGCCGUAAGAACGCUUCCUGUUGAACUACGCAAUGCGCAAGCAAGUGACACUCCCCUGCUAUUGUCUUACUAUGGGGCUCUGUUGUCUCUACUACAGCGACUCUGCGAAACCAAGGGUGGGGCAAUUUAUGUUCUCAGGGCUGGCCUAUUUGAAGCCGUACGAGACUCCAAACUGUUUGCUGCUGACCCUGAUAUUGGCAUCGAUAUCGACAAUCCGGACGCCCUGAGGAAAUAUUACGACCUUCUCUUGUCCGUGAUUCGGGUUAUCGUUACUGUGGUUUUUGUUCGCGGACUCCAGAAUGAACAGAUGUUGCAACAGGCGCGAGCCUUUUUAACUGAAAACAGAUCCAGCAUGGUCGGUAUCUUCAAACGCUUUGCAAAGAUUGGCGGUGGAGGAGCAACACCAGAGAUUAAUGAAACGCUCGAUGGCCUAGCCAAGUCCUAUGUGGCGCUUGUUACUGCUACUGGCUUUCUUGAGGUUCGUCUGGCUGGAGAACUGUCUCCUGCUUGGGAUUAUAGCUAAUAUCUCCAACAGUUCGAGGAUAGUGAUAUGAAACAGAAACCGCGACUAGACUUCUUUUCCUAGGCUGGAUGCUGGGGAUGGAUAAGGAGCUCUCGCGGAUGGAUAUUCAUGAACAGGCCAAGAGAGGAAGGCCAGUACAAUAGUAAUGGAACAACAGCUGCAUGCAUUUAAAUCUAGAGUCACUGGCCUUGUUUUCUCUUUUUCUAUUGUGAGCGCUUUGUCUUUCAAUAUAGCAUGACACAUAAUGUCCUGUCCGGCGCUGUAUUAUGCUGCCAGGCUCUCCUAUCAAACUUUCUCUACGAUCCAACGGAUAUUUUAAGUGCCA